UUUUAAGAGGGAAAAGUGAUAAAAGAAGCAUCGACUUGUAAGUUGUAAGCUAAAGGGACCGUCCAAUACGAACAACGGUGCAGGCCCAAGCCCCAUAUUCAUAUUAGAAAAAUAUCUGUUGGGUGGGUGGGUACGCAUCUUCCACAUGGCUAUCAGGCUUCCAGGCUUCAUUUCAUGCUAUAAGAUUUAGAAAAAGAGAAAAAAAGAGAAAAAAAGAGAGGAAUAUGAAUAUCUACGAAAUAGCCUUCACCCGUGCUCUCAUCACUGUGGCAGGCAAGUGAACAAAGGAGAGCAGAAAAAGUGAAAAGGAAUAGUGAAAGUAAAGUAAAACCCCUCCAAAACCUCAAACGUGAUAAGUUUGGGUUGUUGAUUGUUUGUUUAAUUAUCCAGUCAGUCAGUCCACUGGGAGUCUGAGAUGGCUCUGCUCCUUCCAAUCCCUGGCCCUUCAAAUUCAAGGUGGUCGGAAGAGGCAACUGCAAUUAGUCCGGGGUUUAGGGUGUGGUCGCGUCCCGGGAGCACGCUCUGGGGAGUCUUCUUGAGCCUUCAUCCCUACAAAAAUGCCAAAAUUAGAGGAAGAAGAAGAGGACAGGUUUGCUGCUGGGUGCCCAAUGCUGUGUACACCCCCUCCCACACCCAAAGUAGUGAACAAGGAGGAGGAGGAGGCUCGACGCAGACGCAGUGGAAACCGAAAUCUGGGGCUGAGGGGAAGCGAAGGGACGCGGUGGAGGCAGUGGGCGACGCCAUAUCCUUUGUAAACGAGAGGAUUAGGCGGGAGCAGAGCAAGAGAGAAACGAGAACGGUGAUGGACUCGGAGGAGGCGGACAAGUACAUAGAGUUGGUGAAGCAACAGCAGCAGAGGGGGCUUGAGAAGCUCAGAGGAGAUGCUAGUUACAAGGUCGACCCCUACACUCUUCGUUCUGGGGACUACGUCGUUCACAAGAAGGUCGGCAUUGGUCGAUUCGUUGGGAUUAAAUUCGACGUUUCCAAUUCCACCGCGGAGUACGUCUUCAUUGAGUAUGCCGAUGGCAUGGCUAAGCUUCCUGUUAAGCAGGCCUCUCGCUUGCUCUAUCGUUAUAGUCUCCCAAACGAAACCAAAAGGCCCCGCACUUUGAGCAAAUUGAGCGACACCAGUGUAUGGGAGAAAAGAAAGACCAAAGGCAAGAUUGCCAUUCAGAAAAUGGUUGUUGAUUUGAUGGAGUUGUAUCUACAUAGACUCAAACAAAGACGCCCUCCCUACCCAAAGACUAAUGCCAUGACUCACUUUGUUUCUCAGUUUCCUUAUGAGCCCACCCCUGAUCAGAAACAGGCUUUCAUUGAUGUUCACAAAGAUUUGACAGAGAGAGAAACCCCAAUGGACCGCUUAAUUUGUGGAGAUGUUGGCUUUGGCAAAACUGAAGUUGCCCUGCGUGCCAUCUUUUGUGUAGUUUCAGCAGGGAAACAAGCUAUGGUUCUCGCACCCACUAUUGUUUUAGCCAAGCAACAUUUUGAUGUUAUUUCCGACCGGUUUUCUGUCUACCCAAAUAUCAAGGUUGGACUUCUGAGCAGGUUUCAGACUAGAGCAGAGAAAGAGGAGCAUUUGGACAUGAUUAAAAAUGGUCGUUUGGACAUAAUUGUUGGGACUCACUCACUUCUUGGAAGUCGUGUUGUGUAUAAUAAUCUGGGUUUGCUUGUGGUUGAUGAAGAGCAGAGGUUUGGCGUCAAACAAAAAGAGAAGAUUGCUUCAUUCAAAACAUCAGUGGAUGUUCUUACUCUAUCUGCAACACCUAUACCACGUACCCUGUAUUUGGCCUUGACUGGCUUCCGUGAUGCUAGUUUGAUUUCAACUCCACCACCAGAGAGAGUCCCUAUCAAAUCCCAUCUUUCUGCAUACAGUAAAGAAAAGGUUUUAUCAGCAAUUAAGCAUGAGCUGGACCGAGGUGGCCAAGUGUUUUAUGUAUUGCCUCGUAUUAAAGGACUUGAAGAAGUGAUGGAGUUUCUUGAACAGUCAUUUCCCAAUGUUGAAAUAGCUAUUGCACACGGGAAGCAAUAUUCAAAGCAGCUAGAGGAAACCAUGGAGAAAUUUGCACAAGGUGAAAUCAAGAUUCUUAUAUGCACUAAUAUAGUAGAAAGUGGGCUUGACAUUCAGAAUGCAAACACCAUCAUCAUUCAAGAUGUUCAACAAUUUGGCCUUGCACAGUUGUAUCAGUUGCGUGGAAGGGUAGGGCGGGCAGAUAAGGAAGCUCAUGCACACUUAUUUUACCCGGAGAAGUCACUACUAACUGAUCAAGCACUGGAGAGACUUGCAGCUCUUGAGGAAUGCUGUGAACUCGGGCAAGGUUUCCAACUUGCAGAGAGGGACAUGGGAAUCAGAGGCUUUGGUACCAUCUUUGGUGAGCAACAAACAGGGGAUGUUGGAAAUGUUGGCAUUGAUCUCUUCUUUGAAAUGCUCUUUGAGAGCCUGUCCAAGGUUGAUGAACACCGUGUAGUUUCAGUUCCUUACUGGUCCGUUGAGAUUGAUAUAAAUAUAAAUCCUCAUCUCCCUUCUGAGUACAUAAAUUAUCUGGAGAAUCCCAUGGAGAUAAUUCAGGAAGCUGAGAAAGCUGCUGAGAAAGAUAUCUGGAGUUUGAUGCAAUAUGCUGAGAAUUUGCGCUGCCAAUAUGGGAAGGAGCCACCCUCCAUGGAGAUUCUUUUAAAGAAGCUGUAUGUGAGGAGGAUGGCAGCCGAUCUUGGAAUAACCAAGAUAUAUGCUUCAGGAAAGAUGGUUUUUAUGAAAACAAGUAUGAAUAAAAAGGUUUUCAAGCUGAUUACAGAUUCAAUGGUUUCUGAUGUUCACCGAAAUUCUUUGGUUUUUGGGGGUGAUCAGAUCAAGGCAGAACUUCUCCUAGAGCUACCGAGAGAACAACUCCUAAAUUGGAUCUUUCAAUGUUUGGCUGAACUUCAUGCUUCCUUACCUGCUCUGAUAAAGUAUUAGUUGUGUAGCGGUCAUAAUUCCAAUUCUUUUUAAUGACGGUACUGCAUCAUGGAUUUGCUUAUUGUUUGCCACUCUUGAACCUCGCAUAUAAGCAUUGGGUAUUAAAAUGGGCCCCAACAAUCCGUCUCAGUUUCCAUUGCUUCCAGGUCGUGUCUUGUAGUUCCCUGGUAUUGCAAAACCAAGAUGACCUGGCUCGAGUCACGUAAGUCAUCACAGAUUGAUGCGAGCAAUGAAUGUAUUACAACUGUUUUCCUUCUUCCCUUGGUGGGUUGGGUUCUGAUCAAGUCUGCAGUUCAGUGGCAAAUAAUCCGAGGUUACUUGUGAAAUAGCUGCUGCAAGUGGCUCUUUAAGAGGGAUACAGAUUUGGCAGCGAAAUUCCCAUUCUCAUGCAUACGCAUGCGCGUACGCAAAUCCUAUUUGUGUAAGGAAGGAUCAUAUGUCCGACUAAUAGUCUAAUACUAUGGCUGUCUUGCUUGUAAAUCAAGACGCCCGCUUUUUGACAUGUAAUGUUGAAAGAGAUAAGUAGUUAGCCAUGAGGAAGGCCGUCAACUGUAUAGUGUUUGUAGUGUAGUUUCAGCAGACAAAUUAUUUAAACUGAGUUUCCCCAUUUUUUCUCGGUUCCUAAGAAAUGAGCUAAAAAUCAACUAUUUUUCUCUUCUUUCUGUUUUGGGGUUGGAUGGGCCUGUAUGUAGGAGAAAAAUUUAGUUGCAAUGUGGAUACUAAUAAUGUUAUGUUA